CUAUAUCUAGUUGAUGUUAGUCCCGUGACUUGGCGCCGUGUACAAGUGUACCUUAGAGCAUGGCGGGGGCGCAGCAGCCCACCCAUGACGCUUGCUUCGGUUUCGCUGUCGCCGACCACUUGCCACCGCCCCCCCCCGCCGUCCUCCUUGACUCGAUCCUCAACAAUUUGCUGCGGCUACUGGACUUCCCAAAAGCCGUAGAGAAAGCCAAAACGGAAGGACGGAGCGCUGACAGACCUCCACCAUACCCACCACCCUCGUAUAUAUUCACUCUUCCUCGCCCACCUUCAGUCAACACCUUCAGAAAUCGGAUCUGAGAUCUAGACAACAGAAGCAAAUCCCUGCGAACAAAACCACGAAUAAACCCACAUACCAGCCUUACUAGGACUACUUCUCUCACCACACUAUAACACAACAUCUACACUACAAGCACCAUGACGACCCAGUCAAGUCCAGAGUCCUCGCGAGCAUCCACACGCUCACGCACCCCUCUCAGCCUCGAUAUUUCCGCAGUCCCGGCUCUCCAGCAGCCUACUCCUCCAUCCAACACCCUCAUUAUCACAAACCUGAACGGCCUAGAAAUAUUCCGACCCGAUAACCUCCAAACGAUCAGAGAGCUCAUCAACUCCUCAGCACCAAUUCACUCUUGGGCACCUCUCAAAUCAUUCCGCCGCAUCAUCGUAUCCUUCUUUGAGGAGGAGUCAGCAAUCCGCAUACGACAGAUCCUCGAUGGCGAGUCCAUUAUGGGCGAGUGUGUGAGGGUGUAUUUUGGCCAGCCAACAUCCAUAGAGACAAAAGACGAACACCUACCCCUGCCGGACGCAGGCAAGCUCUUCUUCAUCUCUCCUCCGCCAUCCCCACCACACGGCUGGGAGGUGAAGCUUGAGGACGCACCAAACAAGCAAGUCCACGCAGAGGAUUUGGCAGAGGCGCUGGCAAAGCUACACCACAGACCAAACACUGAUCUCCCAUCGUCUCCAUUGAGUGAAACCGAUGGCGAGGGCCGGAAACGAAGUGGCAGCACUACAAUGAUCUACCACCCGCAAGACCACGGCGAUAGCCCUGCACUGCCAGCCAUCGCGGUUGAGGAUUUCACCGACGAGCCUGAGUCAAACAGUGAUAUGGAUAUCGAUAGGCCGAUUUUGGCCCACACUUCGAGGCCGCCCGUCGAGCUAAUGUAGGGUGGCUAAAAUUGGCAUUUUAAUUUGGGCGUUGAGUGAAGCAUGGCAUUGGGGGCAUUUUAUUGGAUGGCGUUAAGAGGUGACAAACUAGUCAGGGCGAUUCCCAACUAUGAGCUGUAGUCAACUAUGUUGGCCGUAUCGGAGUAAUAAAAUAUAUAUAAUCCGGACUAUUUAACUUACCUGUUUUUUAAUUUGAUGUCAGUGACCUGCCACCCGGUACGAGCUUCACCAGAGCAAAAUAAAAUCAUGACACAAAAGUUUUCUCCGCUCUUGUGAAAGAACAACUUCCCU